CCAACUGUCUAUGCCAAGGGUCGAGCUUCUGAAACCGAAGAGAAGGAACCAUUUCCUUUAAGAGUGACCCGUGUUGUAACAUCUGUGCUGCCAUCCUCUCUUGUGGCCCAGCGUGUGUCUGUUGAGGACCCUCCAGUGGAGCUUGACAAUCUACUAUCUGAAAAGAUCUCACCUGAGACACAGCGAAGAUCAUCUGAGCACCCACAAAUGUGCCCGACGGGAGGAAGCCCUGUUAAAAGCCACACCUUGAUAGAAGCGAACUGGAAUCGGCCCAUUAAAAAAAAGGGCAGACAACAGUGUGGUGGUGUGCUAAGGUCUUCCAAGAAAGAGAUAAAUAAGCAAAGCACGAGCAGAGCAGAUACCACCGAGAUUUUCAGGAAUCAAGCUCAGGAUCCAACAGGUUUAGGAAAUGGGGGCAUGAGCCUGGACAAAAUGGAGGAGGAACAAUCUUUGGCCUUUCUGACAUCAAACAUAGAACUGGAACUGACUCCUGAGAAGAGAAAUGCCAAACUAAGAAGAGUGGAACGAAUACGUAAAAGAUUCUUACAAAGUACAGGCAGAGGGAAUUUUACAACCUGCAGACACGUUUCCCUGGAAGGAGAGCCGAAAGUUGACCACACCCUUCCCCACACAACUGGAAAGGCCAAAGUAGAAUUUGAAGAUGAAAGUGAACAAUCCAACAGUGCCUUUGAAAACAGCGAAAAGGGGACAAGAACCUGCGCACAACCGACACUUUAUGAGGGAACAUCUCAGCGUAACGAUGACAGAGAUGGGCCUGUGAAAAUGACCAAGGAAUUCAAAUAUCCAUCUUCACCGCAUCGGAUUUCUUCCAUAACGGUCUACCAAAAAGAUGGAGGCAGUGGAUUUCUGCAUGUUGAGGCUAAAGAAAAAAGUCCCAAAGAAGAUGAAAAUCCCUCGCUCUCUUCAGAUUUGAAGGCCAAGUGGUUCCUCUCCACCAACCGUUGGCAGGAUGCCAUACCUCUGCUGACAGAUGACCUGGGGUCAUUGUGUAAUGAUGAAAACGCCGAUGUGAAGCAACGGCCAGCAUACUCAGAUUCCAGUGAACUUUCAAACUUUUCAGCAGUGCAUGAAAGCUUGGAGAAAAUGAGAGCGAAUCAUUCACUCUUCUACAAAAUUGCCUGUGACAUCAGUAUUUCAGACUCGGAUAUUACGAAAUCCGAUGGGAACUCCAACGGCCAGAUGUGUUGUACGCCGCAAGAGGAAGAAGAACUUUUGAUCACAGAAUCUGACAACGCGACAUGUAACACUGAGAGUUCAACGCAGCGGUCAGUGUCGCCCCGUGUGAACAAUAAUAGCAACAGUGAAACAUGGAACAAAGAUCACUCAAAACAAAACAGCCAGAUGGAAGUGAACGGGGCUAACCUUGGAGGGGAUGCCGAUGAUUCUGUGCAGGUGACAGAGGAGGACCAGAAGAGAUCAGACUCGGAGAAGGAAUCAAACAGUUUUAGUGAGAGUGCAGUGAGUACAGUUUACGAACAGGGUACUAAUAGCAGCAUUUUCGCCACAUCCAUUCAUGGCGGGAAAAGUGUGAUCCGGAGGGAUUCUUUUGGAAAAGCACGAGUAACUGUAUUAAGGACCAGUCUGUAGAAGUACAAACUGCUCCAAGGACUCGGAAUCCUUAGGGAAAACAAUAAGGUUACCAAGGAUGGCUCAAUCCAAUACUUUCAGGAUCGAUCGAUUACAGGAUUAAAAAAGAAAACAAAUAUAGCCAAUUUGAUUUGAUACCGAAGCCAAAAUACUCAAUUUAGCUUGGACGUGCAGUAAACAGGGACACUAUCACUAUCUCAGCAACGGCAGCCCAAGAGGAAACAAAUAGGGUAAUAGAUUUACAUUGGUAUUGGCAGAUACACCAAGUUUUGUACAUGAAAGUUGUAUUAAGCCAUCCCUAAUGAUUUAAUAGCAAUGUAUUUUCUGGACUAUCGAGCGCACCUGAGUAUAAGUUGCACCCACUAAAUUUAAAAAAGAAAAAAAAAUAAUUGUACAUAUAUAGGCACCAGAAAAGUCAUUGAUCGCUAGCGGUACAAACUUUACGUUAGUUGGUAAAAAUCCAUACAUUUGUUGCAUCAUUGUUUAAGCCGCAGGGUUCAAAGCAUGUUAAAAAAAAAGUAGCGGCUCAUAGCUUGGAAAUUACGGUAACCAUGUUAAUCCCAUAUUAAUCAUCUAAAUAUUGCUGAGUGACUGGACCUUAAGUAGAAAAGGUGAAUUGAAUUCAUAAAUUAACAGAAAAAUAGUGAGUGAGUGAGUGUUUCCAUUAUUCGCUUAAAAUGUAUUAAACCCCCAAGUUUGAAUUAAACAAAAAAAAAACGCACCAUCUCUGUUCUGUUGAUGUUGUGAUGUACAUUCUUGGUGCAGAACAGAGAAUUUUGAAUUUGUAAUUGGUGUCUUAUGUUGACAUUCAUAUGGAACUAAUGUACAAUACAGAUAUUUUUAUGUGCCGCAUUUUAUUUAAACUUAAAAAAACUAAAAUUGAUAUUCAUGAAAGUGAAAGAAUAUAGUUGUUUUAGAUCAAUCAUCAUCAUCAUCAUGAAAAGAACAAUAAGGAGUAGAAAAUAUAUUUUAUCAGUCAUUUUCUUUAUCAAUUACUAGACGUUUUAGGUGACCCCGCAUGGGGUCGUGACCCGCAUACCACAUUAUGCAGCUAAUGUCAUAUAUGUGCAAAUGGGGAGGAAAGAAACAUUUCUGAAGUAGAGAGCGGCAAGUGAAAUAAGAAAAUUAACAUUGAUUGCUUAUGGAAAUACAAGACUGCUGUUGUUUUUGUGAUUAAAAAUGAUGAUCCUCCUGUGUGAAACUCAUUCUAACACCAACCUCACACAUGUGAGACAUACUGUGUAUUUUAAUAUGAUAUUUUCCUUAAUUUUAAUAAAACAUUGAUAAACAUUUGCACUGUAAACCUCAAUAUUGAAAUAUCAAAGUAUUCGCCUCGCUCAGAUAUUUUCCCCCCAAAGU